CUUACCCAGAAACUGGCCGGUUAAUGCCUUCGGCGCCGCUCCUCCUCGCCUCAGGUUUUCCCUGUCCGGCAGUGUGAGCUGUGCUGGUUCUUCUGCAGGCCGGACUUAUGGCCUCGAUGUUGAACUUCUACGGGCGUGUGGUGCUGGUCACCGGUGCCGGGGGAGGAUUGGGCCGAACCUAUGCCCUGGCUUUUGCAGAAAGAGGUGCAUCAGUUGUUGUGAAUGAUCUAGGAGGGGACAUGAAGGGAGUUGGUAAAGGCUCCUUAGCUGCUGAUAAAGUUGUUGAAGAAAUCAGAAGGAAAGGCGGAAAGGCAGUGGCCAACUAUGAUUCAGUGGAAGCAGGAGAGAAGAUUGUGAAGGCAGCGCUGGAUGCUUUUGGAAGAAUAGGUAUGAAAUUUUGUUCUGAUAGCACUUGUUAUCUAUUAUAUAUAUUUUUUCAUCGGGGGAAAACUCUUCCUGAAAGAAAUGUGAGUUGUAAGAGGGUACAAAUUAACAUGUUCGCUUUUAUAUUUGUGACUUGAAUCUUUUUAUAUUAUAGAUGUUGUGGUCAACAAUGCUGGGUGAGUAUCUCUUUUUUUGUUUUCAGUGAAGUAAUGUACAUGCAAAAAUUUUUUUUAAGUGUUUGCUUUCUCUUGUCAACAUAUAUAAUAUCAAUUUUUUAGAAUUCUGAGGGACCGUUCCUUUAGUAGAAUAAGUGAUGAAGACUGGGAUAUGAUCCAGAGAGUUCAUUUGCGGGGCUCAUUCAUGGUGACUCGGGCAGCAUGGGAUCACAUGAAGAAACAGAAUUUUGGAAGGAUCAUCAUGACUUCAUCAGCUGCAGGAAUAUAUGGCAAUUUUGGCCAGGCAAAUUAUAGUGCUGCAAAGCUGGGUCUUUUGGGCCUUUCAAAUAGUCUUGCAGUUGAAGGCAAGAAAAAUAACAUUCAUUGUAACACUGUUGCUCCUGUUGCUGGAUCAAGGAUGACCCAAGGCUUUCUGCCUGAAGAUCUUAUUGAAGCUCUGAAGCCAGAAUAUGUGGCACCCCUGGUCCUUUGGCUUUGCCAUGAGAGUUGUGAGGAAAACGGUAGCGUGUUUGAGGUUGGAGCAGGAUGGAUUGGAAAAUUACGUUGGGAGCGGACCCUUGGAGCCCUUGUAAGACAGAAGAAUCAGCCAAUGACUCCUGAGGCGGUGAAGGCUAACUGGACGAAGAUCUGUGAUUUUGACAAUGCCACUAAGCCUCAGAGAAUUCAAGACUCAGUUAGCACCGUAAUUGAAGCUCUAAGUAAAAUAGAUUCUUCAGAUGGAGGAAUUUCAGCAAAUAAUCUCAGUCAUGCAACUUCAGCAGCCCCAUCAGGACUUGUUGAAGCUGUUGGCUAUAAAUUUCCACCAUUUUCUUCUUCGUAUACGGAGGUGGACACUAUUAUGUAUGCCCUUGGAGUGGGGGCGUCGAUCAAGGAACCGAAAGAUUUGAAAUUUAUUUACGAAGGAAAUUCUGAUUUCUCCUGUUUGCCAACUUUUGGAGUUAUUUUAGCUCAGAAAUCUCUUGGGGGUGGAGGAUUAGCAGAGAUUCCUGGGCUUUCAGUCAAUUUCACAAAGGUUCUUCAUGGGGAGCAUUACUUGGAGUUAUAUAAACCACUUCCCAACGCAGGAGACUUAAAAUGUGAAGCAGUUGUUGCUGAUGUCCUGGAUAAAAGAUCUGGUCUAGUAAUUCUUAUAGAUGUCUACUCUUACUCUGGAAAGGAACUUAUAUGUUAUAAUCAGUUCUCUGUCUUCGUUAUGGGCUCUGGAGGCUUUGGUGGAAAACGGACAUCGGACAAAGACAAGGUAGCUGUAGCCAUACCUAGUAGACCUCCUGAUGCUAUACUUACAGAUACCACCUCACUUAAUCAGGCUGCUUUGUACCGGCUCAGUGGAGACUGGAAUCCCCUGCACAUUGAUCCUGACUUUGCUAGCUUAGCAGGUUUUGAUAGGCCCAUUUUACAUGGAUUAUGUACAUUUGGAUUUUCUGCCAGGCAUGUUUUACAGCAGUAUGCAGAUCGUGAUGUGUUGAGAUUCAAGGCAAUUAAGGUUCGUUUUGCAAAACCAGUAUACCCAGGACAAACUCUACAAACUGAGAUGUGGAAGGAAGGAAAUAGAAUCCACUUUCAAACCAAGGUCCAAGAAACUGGAGACACUGUCAUUUCAAAUGCAUACGUGGAUCUUGUGCCAACAUCUGAUACUUUAGCUAAGAUACCAUCUGAGGGUGGAGAUCUUCAGAGUAACCUCGUGUUUGAGGAGAUAGGUCGCCGCCUUCAGGAUAUUGGGCAAGAAAUGGUGAAGAAAGUAAAUGCUGUGUUUGAGUGGCAUAUCACUAAAGGUGAAAAAAUUGCAGCUAAGUGGACUAUUGACCUAAAAAAUGGUGCUGGAAAAGUGUAUCAGGGCCCUGCAAAAGGUUCUGCUGAUGCAACCUUCAUACUUUCGGAUGAAGUUUUCAUGGAAGUAGUCUUGGGCAAGCUUGACCCUCAGAAGGCAUUCUUUAGUGGCAGACUGAAGGCCAGAGGGAACAUCAUGCUGAGCCAGAAGCUUCAGAUGAUUCUUAAAGACUAUGCCAAGAUUUGAAGGACAUACUACAAUAUCAAUUAAAAUAGAAAAAUUAAAUACUCUCUUCACCUAAAUACGCAAAAGUGAUUCAGCAAAAAUGGUCAGAGUUAAGAUACAGGAGAAAUUGCUUCACAUUUUCAGAUUUCAGAUAACUUUUCAGAUACUCAUUUUCUACUAAUUUUUAUGUUAUUAUUUUUACAAGGAACUGUAAGCUGGCACGUGAUUAUCCUUCUGUUCUUAGAUCUAUGUCUUCAUAAUAAUUUUUCACUCAAGUCCAGUCUCUUUAGAAUAAUGUAACAUUUAAAACUUAUAAGGGAAAUUAAAUGAGUAAAGGCCACUUGAUGCCCAUUACACUUUAUUUUGUUAUUUUCUGUUAUCUGAUUUAUUGGUAUUCUAAUUUUAACAUGAAUUUUCACAUAAGUACUCAAUUUCAUACUUUGCUGUAAUAGCUAGUGUUCUGCUUUAAGGCAAGAUAAAGGUCUUUAUGUUUCCAAGUAGUUUUCUUUCUUCACCCCUCCCUUUUGCUGGAAAUUCUUACAUAUAAUGCUUGGAAAUCUAUCAAAUAUGUAAUUUCCUUUGAAAAAAUUAACUAUAGUUAAUUAAAAAAAUUGUAUUAAUUUCAGAGGUACAGCUUCAGAUUUUUUCAGGUUAUUACAAGAUAUUUAAUAUAGUUCCCUGUGCAAUACAGUAAAUCCUUGCUUUUUAUUUUA